AUGAUCUCAUUCAAGCAUCCAAACCUCUUCCGCCCCAAUAGUCGUCCCACAUCACCAAAUUCCUCGUCCCGUCCCGAACCCGCCAUGAUCCUGGAGAGGACAUCCCGACCUCUCACCAAGCUCUCUUUCAGUGGCUUCAAACGAUCGUCAUCUUCGACAUCUAUCUCCUCCCCCCCUCCAACUCUGCUUGUACAAGACGGAUCUUACCUACAGGCCCUCAGUCUCAAGUUUAGUGAGGCGGUUUCAAAGGCAAUGAUGCAGCCCACUGGUCCAGUGGCUGUUGGCGAGUUGGUUGGAGGCAGACGUCCAAUUCCUGCUGGUCGUGGGCGAGCUCUCGGACUUUUAAUUGCCUCUGAGCUCAAGGCAUGUCAAAACAAUCCACACUUGCACAAGGCUAUCCUUCGUUCACUUCACAGGCCAUUAUCUGUUCUACUCAGUAACCUCUCGGCACUCCUUCUUCCCCUCCUUUCCUCGCCAGCAUUCCUUUCCAUGCUUGCCCCCACUGUGCAGGCUCCCAAUCCCAAUGCAACUCAGCUUCAUGCACUUGCAGCAGCUAGCUUUGCAGGAGAGCUCCUCGAAAGCUUCGAUGAAAUGAGUUUGGGCUUUGAAAAUGACGCGAGAGGAGACGGGUUGAAGGCGAUUCGUGAAGGCCUCGUUUCCCUCAUUGGGCGUGUUGUGAACCCGCUCAUUACGGGCAUCCAGUCUGAACUGAUACCUCUCCUGGAGUCUCUGGAGAAUCCUGUUGCUGUUAGCGUGCCUAGGACAGGUACCAAAGCUCUCCACCCAUCAAUCGUAUCAUUACAGGCACUCAUGCCUGUGUACGCUCGUGCAUUGACGCAGUACACGACAACCCUUCCUUCCCAGACGACCUUGGCGACUUUCUUGAUCUCGAUGAUUUGGAGAGCGCUCGUUGCCUUCGCUAGUAGACCCCGAGUGAAACCUUCACCGCCAACGUCACCACUGAGUUCGCCACAGCUCACACCUUUAACCAAGAGGCAGCGUGCCACUUCUGGCAAUACGCCGGCAACUCCUCCCCCUACACGGUUUGCUCUUAAACUGCCUUCACGGCCAUCGUCUCCUCCCGACAUCUCGGUUACUCCGUCAGCAGCUACUGACGCACGUGCGCUCUACGAGCUUAUGGUUCUCCUUCCACGUCCGUCUGCAGAGUGUGAUGCGACACGCGUAGCUCGCGAGGCUGUCGAUGAGGCGCUUUCUGGCUUAACGGCUCUGGCCACAUUGCUUGAAAACAUAGGCAAUCCUCUGUUCAAGGUUGGCAAAUCCCAUGAGGCAAUCCUAGAGGAGAUUGAGAGGAUUACUGCUGAUCUGCCAACUCUCAUCGCAUUGCCUGUGCUCCUACGGAGUUACUCCAGAGUCGCAAUUGAGUCACCAUCCAUUCCGUCGAUCUCCUCUAUCAUCAAUGUCCCCGAAGAUGAAUAUAGAAAGAGCUGCCUAUCAGGUUUUGGGCGAGCAGAACAGUGUAGCAACAUCAUCGGGCAUAGCGUGCUUGACUUCUUACGCGACCAAGGUGGCUUACAGAGCCUUGUUGAGCAGUGGUUGGCGAACCGAGUAGAUGUCGUUGACCAUUGA